AUGGCCUGCUUCAAAGACACCUCUGUGAACCAGCUCUGCCUUACUGAGCUAUUCACUCGCAUCGAAGACAGAUCUGGCACGCUCACUAGCGACAACCUUGCCUUUGUCAUGUUAUCCCUUGUCAUCCAACCGAGUUCUGCGGACAUUGAUUUCGUUACGAGAGGCGUAUGCAGCCACUGCGGGCAGCAGAUGUAUCACACAUUGAAUAUCGACUUCCCUGGCCUGCUCACAUCAGAUGACGUUUCUGACAACCAGAACUUGUGUGGCACGUCCUUCAUCAAUAUUACCGAACCCUUUGUGGUCACGCAGACUGCGAAUGGCCUCACGUUGGCUUAG